AAACGUUAUCCACUAUCUGACACUUCGCCAGUCAGCACUGUCGAGUCGUUUGUCUCUCAGAUUUACUUUCGGUGGCCCUUGCAGCCCCCUUGCCGGCAAUCGUGUCGACUUCGCUGAGAUCCAGCGGGCGCCGCAGCGCUGCCAACCCCUCUACCGUCCGUUCCGGCUGAAAAUCCCCAGGGUCCAGAUAGCGCCACCGUCGCCCCCUUCAUUCGUGCGUAGCCGCAGGACGUGAGCAGAGCACUCGCAGGCAGCCAGGGGCCAGUCGGAGCGCAAUCCGCUCGCCAUAUUUGUUGUUGUCGUUGAUGGGGGAGGUCGCGAGACGGCUCUGGACACCCUUGAUGCCAUAGUGUGGACGUCGUCUCGGCGGUGCAGUGCAGCGCGCGUGUUGUGAUGUUCUGAGUGUAUCGUUCCCGACGACUCCGACCCCUGUCGAAGCUGGCGGCGGCCGGAAACCUCCCCGGCGGCGGCGGCGGUGGCGGCGAUGUCGCGGCCGCGAUGCUGGAGUGGGAGGAAGGGGACAGGUUCAGUUUCGAGGACUCGGACCGGUUCGAGGAGGACUCGCUGUGCAGCUGGAGCUCGGAGCCGGAGAGCGUGUGCAACAACUGGCGGGGGUGGAAGAAGCCCUCGGCGGGGGCGGGCAACCUGUGGGGUGGCGGCAGGAAGGCGGCGGAUGAAACCCAAAAUGUCCCAUCGUUGACGGAACUAGCGGCGAAAUGCGUAGCUUCCCACAUUCCCUUCGAACUCGUGGAACACGUGUAUCCACCGGUUCCCGAACAACUACAACUUCGUAUAGCAUUCUGGAGUUUCCCGGAUAAUGAAGAGGACAUUAGAUUGUAUUCGUGUUUGGCAAAUGGAGCUGCUGAUGAGUUUACGAGGGGCGAGCACCUCGUCAGGAAUAACAUGGUCAAGGAUCCCUUACAAAUUGGUUUUCACCUGUCGGCCAGCGUCCAGCAGAACUACCGCGGCACUCAGUACGUCUCUGUAGCAGUGACCUUCGACCGGCGCCGCAUCUCCUCCUGCAACUGCACCUGCGAUUCCACAGCUUACUGGUGCUCGCACAUCGUCGCCGUCUGCCUCACUCGUAUACAUUCGCCCCAUUUGGUGACCCUCAGGGCCCCGGUGUCGGAAUCGCUGUCGCGCCUCCACAGGGAGCAGCUCCAGAAGUUCGCACAAUACCUCAUCAGCGAGCUGCCGCAGCAAAUCCUACCGACCGCUCAACGACUACUCGACGAACUGUUAGGAUCUCAACCGUCAGCAAUAAACUCCGUUUGCGGGGCCCCCGACCCGACCGCAGGAGCCUCGGCCAACGACCAGACCUCCUGGUACCUCGACGAGAAGGCCCUCCAUGACAACAUCAAGAAAAUCCUGAUCAAGUUCUGCGUCCCGGCGCCCAUCGUGUUCAGCGACGUCAACUAUUUGAGCACCGUCGCGCCGCCCGCCGCCGCCGAGUGGACGUCUCUAUUGCGGCCGCUCCGUGGCCGCGAGCCCGAGGGCAUGUGGAACCUCCUCAGCAUCGUCCGCGAGAUGUUCAAGCGCAACGACCGCAACGCCGUCCCCUUGCUCGAAAUCAUCACCGAGGAGUGCAUGGCCUGCGAGCAGAUUCUCAUCUGGUGGUUCAACACGAAGGUGGCUCUUCUCAGCGGCAACUCAGGCUACGGGGGCGGCGGCGGCGGCAAGCAUAACAACGUCAACAGCAACACGCACGCCUCGCAGCACGCGUGCUCGUCAUUGUGCGACGAGGUGGUGGUGCUGUGGCGGCUGGCGGCCCUCAAUCCGGGGUUGGCGCCGCAGGAGCGCGACAUGCUGCAUAGCCAGUUCACGACGUGGCACAUGAAGAUCCUGGAGAAGGUGAGCAAGUGCAGGAACUCGAGCCAGAGCAACUCGAACAAGACGGGCACGCUGAAGAUGGACUUGGAGGUGUUCACGGGCUUCAAGCCGGCGAUCGAGGCGUGCUAUCUCGACUGGGACGACUACCCGAUGCCGGGGAUCACGUACACGCAGGACAUCAACCCCAUGUAUCAUUGUCCGUUCACGUGCUUCAGGCACGGCGCCGACAACCGAGGAGAGUCGGCGGUCACCCAGGUCAACUCGAGCAAGGCGGUGCUGAACUGCGAGCACCCGCACCACUCGCACCACCACCAUCACCACCACUACCACCACCACAGCAGGGUGACGCGUUUCGACUUCGUCUCGGUGAUGAGCCUCAACCCGACCGAGUACCCGCCGCACCCGCAGCUCAACCGCGACGGCAACAGGUCGAGCGUGAGCAGCGAAGGUUUCUGCGAGAACGACGACGACCUGCGCCGCGACGGCGACACCGACUCCCAGGAGGGCGGCGGCAGCGAUUCGUCGUCGUCGGCGAGCAGCAACAAAAAUUCAGGGAACAGUGACAUCAGUGAUAGCAAGAAUUACCAAAAACCCGAAUCCGUGCCAUCGACGUCGCAGAACAGCGUCUGGAUCGAACCGGUAGUGACGAACUCGCGGCGCCCCUCCAAGGACGAGUCGACGUCCUCGUCGAAUUCGGAGUCCCCGCAGUCCGGGGACGAGUACAACGUGUAUUUUUACAACCCCAAGGAAGCCAACACCGUCUUCGAGACGGUGACCAACCCCGGCCAGAAAGAGAAAGUCGAGGAGACCGAGAGCAAGUCGAUGUUCGCGAGCGUGCGCAAGUGCGACGACCCGUGGGACGUGCUAUUCGCGCGCGCCGAGGGUCUCCACGCGCACGGCCACAGCAAGGAAGCGUGCAUCUUGGGGGUGAAGCUGGCGGAGGAGCUCCUCGCCAACCCGCCCGACCUCAUGAUCGAAAUCCCGCCGAUACCCAAGCGCAAGGGCAAGAAGCAGCAGGUGAACCCGGCGUCGCACCAGCUGAGUUGUUUGGCGUCGGGGACGCUCGCCAAGUGCGCGUUCCUGUGCUCGGUGCUCGCCGAGAACCCCGAGCACCACCAUCUGGCCUUCCGCGUCGGCAUGUUCGGAUUAGAGAUGGCGCGACCGCCGGCGUCAACGAAGCCGCUGGAAGUGAAGCUCGCCAACCAGGAGUCCGAUUUGGUCAACCUGCUGAAACGGAUCCCGUUGGGUCACAGGGAGCUGCAGAUUUUACGCGAGCGCGCCGAGCACCUGAAGGAAGGCACGAUCAAGUCGAGGGGCGAGGCCAUGCUGCCGACGAUGCUGGCGAGCUUCAUCUUCGACGCGCUGGUGAUCCCGAGUGUUGUCGGUAGGGACAGGAACAAGCUCGUGAAUUUGAGGCUGCCGACGGACGAGCCGCUGGGGUUCGAGGCGGCGGUGGCGGCGCUAGGAAUGAAGGCGAACGUCUCGGAGGCUGACCAUCCGCUCCUGUGCGAGGGGACGAGACGGCAGAAGGGCGACCUGGCCAUCACGCUGCUGACGUUCUACAAAGACGACUGCUGGAAGGUGGCGCGGAUCAUGGACCGGCUGCUGGAUCGAGAGAUACACCAGCUGCUGAAGUCGCCGCUGCUCAGCUCGUAUUAUUCGAGCAAUCCGCCGGUGAAGAGUCAGUACAACCGGGUGGGGCAGAGGGAGGAGUGCGACAAGGUGAUGACUCCGUUGAGUCCGUUCGUGCCGCCGCCGGAGAUGCUCCCCACGGAUAUCAAUUGCUGCAGCCGUCCCCAUAGUUCCACGAGCGCCGAAGUCGAGCAGGGCCUGGGCAACAUGAACCUGGGGAACGGCGCCAACGCGUCGGGUCCGUCGCAGGGCUCGAGCGUCCAGAUCACCCGCACCAAAGAGUCGCGCUACAAAGGAAAAAGGGCCUAUCCCUCCAUCCCGAACCAGCCUUCGGAAGCCGGGGCUCAUUUCAUGUUCGAACUGGCGAAGAUCGUGCUGAACAAAGCCGGAGGUUCGAGCAGCACCUCCUUGUUCACGCAGCCGUCGACCAGCCAGAACCACCACGGACCUCACAGGGCCUUGCACAUGUGCGCCUUCCAGAUCGGCUUGUACGCUCUGGGGCUGCACAAUUGCGUCAGUCCGAACUGGUUGAGUCGCACGUAUUCGUCACACGUCUCCUGGAUCACCGGGCAAGCUAUGGAGAUCGGCGCCGCCGCCAUAUCGUUUCUCAUCGAUACGUGGGAGGGCCACCUAACGCCGCCCGAGGCGGCCAGCAUCGCCGACCGGGCGUCCCGCGGUUGCGACCCCAACAUGGUCCGAGCCGCCGCCGAGCUGGCGCUCUCGUGCCUACCUCACGCUCACGCGCUCAACCCCAACGAGAUCCAGCGCGCCAUCCUUCAGUGCAAGGAGCAGAGCGACGACAUGCUCGAGCACGCGUGCCUCACCGUGGAGACGGCCGCCAAAGGCGGCGGCGUGUACCCGGAGGUCCUCUUCCAGGUGGCCAAGUACUGGUACGAACUGUACAUCCAUCACACGCCCGGCGGCGAGCAGAUGAUGGAGAACGAGAUGCCGCACGACCCCCUGUUGGACGCGCACGGCGCCCUCGUCGCCCUCAUCGAGCCCGGGCCCGAGGUGCAGCUGCCGCCCCCCAGCGCGCCCGUCAUCGCGACGAGCAGCCCGGUGGUGGUGACCACAGCGCCGCCGCCGCCCUACCCGCAGCACCCGGCUGCCACCACGCUCGCGCCGCUCGGCAUCGCCGUGCCCUACGCCGUCGGCCACUACAACUUCCUGCACCACCCGCACCAGAUCAGUUACGGGGGCCCUAUACACCCUCAAGCUGUCCCCCUGCACCAACCGCCUCCCGCGCACAUGCAGAUGUACCAGUUCCAGUACCCGCCACCGGCGGCCGGCGGCCAGCAGUUCACGCCGCAGCAGCCGGCCGGCUACCCGAACGUGCCGGCGCCGCAGCAGGGCGCGUUCGCGAACGCGCCGCCUCCGGCGCAGUACCCGUUGCCGGCGGCGGCGCUCAACCAGCCGCCGUACGCGGCGAUCGCGCCCAACCCCCCCAACCAGAUGCAGCCGAUCCGUUAUUACGGCGCCGGUUGCGCCGUCUCGCAGCCGGUGCCGAGCAUGCGCUCGACGCCGGUGCCGGCGGGGCACCUCUACUCGCUGCCGCUCCAGACGAGCGGCGCGCCGCCCCCGCCUGGGAUCGUGCCGCAGCAAGCGCCGCCGCCGAGACCGCAGCACCGACAGCCGCAGCAGUUCAACCAGGCGCAGUUGCGGUACUUGCUGACGGCCUACCGCGUGGGGAUGCUGGCGAUGGAGACGCUGGCGAGGCGCGUGCACGACGACCGGCCGCAGGCGAAGUACGCGAGGAACCCGCCCUACGGGGAGGACGUCAAGUGGCUGCUGAGGAUAUCGAAGCAUCUAGGAACGCAGUACCUGCACCAUUUUUGCGUGUGCGCCGUCAACUCCAUCGUGAGUCCGUUCGUGCUGCACGACGUCGCCAUCGAGGCGGCUCAUUACCUGUCGCGGAACAACCCGACGAUGGUGAUGCAGCACCUGAGGACGGCGCUGACGCCGCUGGUGCAAAAGUGCCAGCAGAUGUACAUACAAUGCAUGCACCAGAAGCUGUACCACCUGACGUCGGCCGACUAUGAGGACUUCGUGAGCAUCGUCUGCGCCGCGAGGGCGGCGUUCCAGAUAACGCCGGAGGGGAGUACGCAGUUCAAGGAGUGGCUUCAGUCUAUCAGAAGGUCCAAAUCGUGCAAGAAGGAUCUGUGGUCGCAGAUAAACACGGCACUUCAGGCGAACAGCAAAUGACAAAGGUCAGACUUAGGCCCCCAAAGUAGUUCUAGUUUCCACCGUAUCCAAGAUGGCGUCCAGGAAGAGACGGAUCAACUCCUGCACUUCUGCACGUACCCCGCAGCCGUUGUCAGCACAGGGCUUCCAGCAGAUCUAAACCGGUUGUAUUGUACAGUGGACGUUUUCCAAAAUUCUCACGUCAACGAACAACAACAAUUCGAGCAGAACCUGUGGUCUCGAUCGUCAAACACUCCGGACAUUAGUUGAUUUUUUUAAGAUGUGAUCAUGUGAAUAAAAGCAAUUUCUCAGUGUUCUGUCACAAA